AUGGAAUGUGAGGCUCACAGCUGUGUCCUCUUCUCUCAGGUCACCAACCUCCACCAGGGUCUGGACCGCUGUGCUGCCUUGCUCAGCGGCAUCCUGCAGACUGACACCACAGAAGCCUCGCCAAGACUUCAUAGAGCAGGGACGUGUGGAGCAGCCAAAUCAAGACCUCCCACCUCACUGGGGAAGAAGCCCAUGAAGAAAGUGCCUAAAAAGACAGUGCACAAGAACCCUCCGUCAGGCCAGCGUGGAGCAGGCAGCACCACUCCAACCCCCCAGUCCCCUACUCCGGCUGCACACUCGGGGGUGAAGCUGCAUCCAACUCUGAGGCGAGUUCACACCAAAGCUCACCACUCCCCCUCUGCCCCUCCACCCCAGCCCCAGGCCUCCACCCCUCCGCCCCACACCUCCGUCCUCCUGUCUGUGCACCAGUCGUCCUCUCAGCCGCCUUCAGGUCAGACAGAGUGCCUGUCCAGUGACGAGCAGGAGUUUGUCCCCGUGAGAGACACCGACACACAACACCCUGCCACAGAUGCAGCCGCCGGACACCCCCCCUCAUAUACACACAGUUGUACCACGAAGUUGUCGGACAUGCGUCUUGAACCCGGUCCGGUGCAGGAAGUUCCUCAGGAGGCACACAGCAGGGAAAUGUGCAGCGCAGGAGAAGAAGGGAAGGAGAAGACGGUUCAGUAUUUGCUGAAAGAACUCAAGGCUCUGAUCACUGGACAAGGGAGUGUAGCAGAGAGGCUGCUGCAUCACCUGGAGCAGGCUGUGUCCUCACCAGUGCUGAAUGAUGGUGUUUUAAACAUCCACACGGAGAGCGCUGCAGACCUGUCGCCGCUGCACGACCAAAACCUUCAGCUCCGCAGGCGCGUGAGGAUCCUGAACCAGCAGCUGAUGGAGAAAGCAGAGCGACGACAGGACACGGAGAGUAACUCAGAAGUGACGAUCCUGCAGGAGGAGGUCACCACAGCUCAGCUCCGGCUGCGAGAGCUGCAGCAUGACCUCGCGGAGCUCCGGAAGGAUCUUCAGGACACGCAGAGCCAGCUGAGAGGGCGAGAGGCAGAGAACGCAGCCGUCAGGACAGACCUGGAAGCAACUCUAAGCCGGCUGGUGGACACGGAGCGACAGAAGAGCGAGUUGGAGUCACUUGCUCAACAAAGACUGGAGGAGAUAGGGAACUUGAAGAGGAUGCUUCAGAGUCAGGGGUCAUCAGAUUGUUCUACAGUUGUCGAGUCUCUGCCGCCGACGCCCCACCAGCUCCCCAACGAGCGUGUCACCCAGUACCUGAUGUCUCUCGGCCGGUUUGAUCCCGCUCCCGCCGAGCACCUUGUCGCAGAGAGGGAGAGAAGCAGCUCAGACAAACCGGAAAACGCUCCGGCCCCUCAGACCGACCAGUCCCAGCGUCUGAGUGAAGCGGAGCCGUGUGGGCGGCGGCUGAACGCCACGCUGUCCCACUGCGACGUGGAGUCUCUGUGGUCCGACUGCAGCAUGAGAUCCGGGUCGACCUUUGACACCAGAGACGAGGCAGCGUUCAGGGACGGCCUCGCGGCUCUGGACGCCAGCAUAGCCAGUCUGCAGAAGACGAUGCAGCUGGAUCUGAGGAGGUGACGAGCUGUUACGUGAGCUGCUCCCUCCGCGUUGUUUUCAUCAAGAACUGC